AUGAUGAAACGUACGGGAGCCAGGCUGGGCCCAGAUGACCCGGCCGGGCCUUUGCAGCAGACUCCUACUCAGAUACAACAAGCUGGAGCAAGUAAUAUGCACGCUUUGGCGCAAUCUGCCCAACCUCAGAUGUUAGGUGCAACAACGAUGCUGUCGGUGGGAAGCGCAUUCGGGCGUGGCCCGCCCCGCCCCGGCGCUCCACAGGUGAUCAACUACUUGAAGGCGAAUACUGUGCAGUACGCGCCGCCCAAACAGCCACAAGUUCCGCCCAGGCUUAAGCUAGUCUCCCAACAGACGAACAUGGGCAUCGGAGGCCGUCAGUCCCCGGGUGUCGGUGUGGUGCCAGUGGCCACGGGGGCAGGAGGCGCCUCCUUCCAGCGCCUCAAAGUCGAGGACGCUCUAUCGUACCUCGACCAAGUCAAGUACAAGUUCAACACUCAGCCGCAGGUGUACAACGACUUUCUGGAUAUCAUGAAGGAAUUCAAGAGUCAGACUUCUAAUUACAGUAUCGACACGCCGGGCGUUAUCACCCGGGUAUCGAACCUGUUCAAAGGCCACCCGGAGCUGAUUGUCGGCUUCAACACUUUUCUGCCACCAGGCUAUAAGAUCGAGGUGCAGAGUAAUGGACAGGUAUCGGUAUCAAUGCCGUCUCCCACUGGAUUAGGAGUCGGGGUCGUCCCGGUUGGCCCCGUGGGGAACGUGACAAAUGUCCCCUCCGGGCCACACACGCCCCAUGGUCCCGUGGCCGGGUCCGGCUCUGUAUUGCUGGGAGUUCAUCAUGCGCCGGCGCAACCGCAGCUGGUCCAUUUAUUGCCGGUUCAACAGUCGGUCAGCCAAGUGGUGCACAAUCUGUCUGUAGCCCCAAGCGCUGCAAAUACACUACAUCAUAUCUCCCAAGCUCAUCAGCAAAUUGAAGCAGCAGCUAUACACCAUACGAGUGGUGGACCGACAAACACGAGUGGCAGCCAUUCAACUGCAGCUGGACAGCCGGUGGAGUUCAACCAUGCCAUCGAAUAUGUUAACAAGAUCAAGUCUCGUUUCUCCCGACAACCGGAUAAGUACAAACGAUUUUUGGAGAUCCUUCACGCGUACCAGCGCGGUCACCGCGACGUCAAGGAGCCGCAGGCCAAGCAACAGACGGAACAGGAGGUUUAUUCGCAGGUUGCUAAACUGUUUGAAAACCAAGAGGACUUGCUGGCCGAAUUUGGCCAGUUCUUGCCUGAUGCUAAGGCGGUCACCAAGCCGCCACAUUGUCCUCCACACGCCAGAUCGCCACCACCACCGUCCCGAGUGGAGCCCGAACCUGAAAGAUUCACAGCAGCAGCGGCCGUCUCGCCUCCGCUGCCACAGCAUACAAUACAUCAUCAACAGGUGCCGAAACACACGAGCACAAGUAACGUGAGCGCCCCGCCGCCGCAGCAUCAUCAUCUCAAGAGAUCGCCAAGUUUUUCAUCUUCAACACCGCUUGCAUCUGGCGCUCCCCCACCCAAAAAACCCCGCUCCUCGGGCUCUGGCUCCGUACCGCCCAGCACUCCGCCAACAAGCCUCCGUGACGUCUCUUACGCCGAGGCGGCGAAACUGGCCACUGCGCACGAGUACAACUUCUUCGAUCGCGCAAGAAAAGCACUUAGAUCGCAACAUGUUUAUGAAAACUUUUUGAGAUGUCUUCUUCUAUUCACGAACGAGAUAAUAUCGUCGUCAGAACUGCUAUGCGUUGUCCAACCGUUCCUGUGCCGACACCCGGACUUGCAGAAGUGGUUACAGGACUUCUUAGGACCUAUUUCACCGCCGCAUACGCCUACUGCACCACAUUCAGUUUAUAACAAUACAGGCGUUACCUCCACGUUGCUAGGAUACGAGAGGUCUCGCCUGGGAUCCGAUACCAAGUCGAGGGUGGAACCGCUCGUGCCCAUUCAUUCAACGUUGCCGCUUUCAACGCCGCUACGUCAUGACAGGCCACAGACUGACACUAAUAUGGAGCUAGAUCUAUCAACGUGCAAACGUCUAGGGACGUCGUACUGCGCGCUGCCUAAGGAGGCUGCUGCAAGGAGAUGCUCCGGAAGAACUCCGCUAUGCAAGGAGGUACUAAAUGAUACGUGGGUGUCAAUCCCGACUUGGAGUGAAGACUCGACAUUCGUGACGUCACGUAAAACACAAUAUGAAGAGUACAUAUACCGGUGCGAAGAUGAAAGAUUUGAGCUUGACGUCGUAAUAGAAACGAACGCGGCCACCAUACGCGUCUUAGAGGGCGUUCAGAAAAAGCUAUCGCGCAUGACGUCUGAGGAAGUCGCCAAAUACCGCCUGGACGACUGUUUAGGCGGUCACUCCCCUACCAUCCACCAGAGGGCGCUCAAGAGGAUAUACGGUGAUAAGGCUGUGGACAUCAUAGCUGGUCUCAAGAAAAAUCCAUUUGUGGCUGUCCCAGUUGUGUUGAGGCGUCUCAAAGCCAAGGAGGAAGAAUGGCGGGAGGCUCAGAAGGGAUUCAACAAACAAUGGCGAGAACAGAACGAGAAAUAUUAUCUAAAAUCGUUGGAUCACCAAGGGAUCAACUUUAAACAGAACGAUCUGAAGGCGAUGAGGUCAAAAUCACUAUUCAAUGAAGUGGAAAGCGUGUACGCAGCCAGAAGGCCCGGUCCGCAUUAUAUCGCCGAUUACAAUAUGACCAGUCGGCAAGAAGCGAUAAAAAUAGUCCGUGACGCCGCAGAGCUCUUAAUCCACCACGCCAGGCGUCAAACAGCGAUACAAAAAGCGGAGAAGCGUCGAAUCAAGCAACUGUUACGGCAAUUCCUGCCCGAUCUCUUUUCACAUCCACGGCAGCCAUUAUCUGAUGAUGAGAGAGAUGAUGAAGAAAAAGAAGAAGUCAGGAGCCCUGGCAGUCCCAACGCUGGACAGAAUGACGACAAAGGUGUCAAACAGGAGAAACAAGAGUCAUCAGAGUCUGACAAUGCAUCAGAUAAGAGCACGAGAAACAACAAGAUCGACAAGGAGAACAAACCCAAGAACAACAAUAAUACUGAGACGAAAGAUUGUCAAAGUAUAAAGCGGAGUAGCAGCAACGAAGAUAGUGUUAAGUCUGAGGUUAAGAACGAUAUGGACAUUGAUAACGACUAUAGAGAUCAUCCGCCAAAUGAGGGUCGGUUCGUCUGUACCUCAUCGUGGUACCUAUUCCUUCGGCUGCACGCAAUACUCUGCUCGCGCUUAGCUGGCGCGAGGCGGGCUGCGUUAGCGUUGGCGGACGCGGAAGCGGCUGGAGCGACGACGCGACCGCCCAGCGUAGCAGCGGCGCUUCGUUUAAAACCGCACAACUUACCAUCCGAAGUGUCAUCGCCGGCGGAGUACUACAACACAUUGCUGGAAUUGAUAAAAGGCGUGCUAGAUGGCAACACAGAACCGUCCACCUACGAGGACGCGGCGAGGGAGAUGUUCGGAAUCAAGGCGUAUCCGGCGUAUACGCUGGAUAAGGUUGUGUCAACGGCCGUCAGACAGCUUCAGCACUGCGUGUCCGAGAGUUGGUCGGUUCGUGCGGCGGAGAUGGCCGCGCGUGGAGGAAUGCGGGGACCACUCUCGUACGUGUACAAGGCUGCGAAGUAUCUGCGCGCCGAACACACGACUUUCCUUGUAAAAGUGUAUGGUGGUGAUGAAUGCAAAGUUACGUUUGAGCUGCUCGAGCCAGCUGGUGAAGGUCGGACUUCGCCACAGCUCAACAACGAUGGCUCCAGGCUUUCACCCACAAAUCCGUGCGGUCGCGAAAACGGCACUAGUGCAGUGACAGCGACGGCGGCUUGGUCCCGCUACGCGGAGCGAUAUACGCGACCGGACACCACAGCUCGUUACCACAAGCCGGUGUUCCUUCGGCGCAACGCAAGGAAAAAUGGCGGCGGAGAAGUGAUCACCACGUCGACGACGGGCAUGAGGCACCCGCCGCCCACCGUCAGGCGACGGAAACCCUUACGGCUGCACGACCACUCGGAGUGCACCAUAUCCAAUCCUAUACGGUUCGUCGCCUGUCGCCCGCACCAACUUUACCGCGCUGGCUGUCUAUCCAGCGCAAAAGCGUCACACGAACGCCUCUCGAAGGCGAGAAAAGAGAGAUUCAGAGCUUGGUUAGCCUCCACACAAAGACCUACUUAA